GAAAAGUGUAUUGAGGUACACAUUGCUUUAUCUUAUAAGACACACAUUUAACCAAUUAACGUCUUCUAUUUAUAAAGUAAUUUGGAAUCUCGGAAGUAUUUUUCUGUUUAAAAGAUAUUUUUAAAACGCAGUUAAUAAAAAUGGCUAUUUAUGAAAGAUGAGUGCUAUUACAGAAUACACACACUUAAUACCAUCUUUAAAGGUAUACCCGCGGGUUUAUUUCUUCAGCAACCGCUACAGAGAUGUACUAGACAACUUCAAAACAUUUGCAGGCAGAAACCAGAAGAUUCUUAGUGAAUCCGAGAUCGAAGUACCCAGGAAUGAUUUUGAAAAUGGUCUUGAAGUAAAGGUGAUUGGAAAAGAAGAUUUGGAUCCAUCUGCAUUUGUUGCGGCUGAACCUCUGUUGUAUGAGAGACAGUUAUGCACAACCUCGGCCAGUGAAAAGGAAUACCACACUGAUUGUAUUGUCCCCGUUAAUCCCCUAAAAUAUGACGUCAGGUCUUCUAAUGAUUCAAGAAAGGGAGAUGAUAAGAAAUCUAACACUGGGGAGAACCAGUUUAAAACUCCUGAAAUUACACUUUUUAUUUGUUACGCAACUGUUGAAAACUUAAAUAACGAAGGCUUGAAGCAAAUCAAACUUCUGUUGAAUCGGGUGCCAGAAAGAAAAGAUGCGCUGCAUCAAGAAUGCUUUCUACUUUGUCGGUCAAGAAAUAAAUUUACACAAUCAGAAAAAGAUGCAUUUCAAGAAAAAAUUAAAAUCUGCUUUUGAGGCAGUGGGGUUUCUCAGGUUAUUAUCGGAACAAGCAAUGUUGACAUUAAAAAUGAGAUAUCUUUGUAUCUAGAAGGCAGGCUUAUUGAAUACUUCUUGACCAUCCAGUCUAUAUUGCAACAAUACACAACAAGCCAAAAAGGAAAUUACUCUAGAAAACCGUUAUUGGAAACAGACACAGUGGUGAAACAGAUAAAAGGUUUUCUUGAGAAUGGUCUCGGACUUACCGAUCUAGAACCGAUUUCAGAGAAGGAUAAAGGAUAUCUUGACACGGUGGUUUGCAGGCUUUCACUCAUUGUCAAAUGUGCAUUAGUUCAUCCUUUAUCGGAAAAAUACAGCAUGCCAAUCUGGCUUUGUAAUCAUAUCCUGAUGGGAAAUGAUUUUGAGCAGAAAAUCUACCACAAGGUGUCAAGAAACACAAAAUAUCAUUUAAGAAAACUUGAAAAUUUUGCCAAAGAAUGCUGAAAACUAUCUACUGAAGGCGAGGUCGUUAUACAACCUGAAUCAUUUCGAUCCAAAUCUUUCCAUUUCAUUCUCUACGGUCUUCAGAAGGAUCUUGCAGACGUUGUUACUGACAUGGAACAGGUCUUUGAUCAAUUGACGAAAGAAGUAAGGACGUUGCUGUUCGAAAUCAGCUGCUAUUUGAAAAAGUCGAAGGUCGAUGUGGGACAAAACGAAGAGUUAGCACGACGGUAUUCCAGUGCAGUUGAUACUGAUCUUCGAAAGGAAAUACUUGGCAUAAAAGGAGUUUAUGGCGCUGGGACCAUAUACGGUCAGUUUGAGGUUCAUGUCGAUAGCGACGCUGAUAUCCCUCUAGUAGAGGCAGAGAUGUGUCGCAUGAUGCGACAGAAAAAUCAUUUUCGUCAAUAUAUUGUGAGAUCUGUAGAAAGAAAGACAAAGCCGUUUGCGCUUUGCCAUGGCAAAGAAAUGGUAUGUCAACCACGUAUGGGUACACUGGGAGGUUUUGUUGAUGGAGUUGAUGGGAGUAAUCGGCAUUUAUAUGGUUUAACAUGUGCACAUGUCGUAAAUGGUCAAGGAGAAGGAAGAUAUGAGGUGUUCAUUCGUGAAGAAUCAAAUAACCAACUUCUACUAUUUGCAAGAAGCUAUCCAAACCUAACUAUCUCAAGCGGAGAUGUCCCGAAUCCUCUUAUUGAUCUAGCUGCCGUAAGGGUUGUCGAUGGCGUAAAAAAUGAAUGUAUCAAAUAUCUGAAAGACGAAAACUCCGAAUUUAAACCGGGAAGAGUGGCUGCAGAUGUAGACCUCGAAGGACACUUUGUUUACAAGUACGGAGCCAAAACACAUUUCACAAAGGGCCGAGUUUGUUCAACUGAUUAUUGUCUAAACAACAAUCUGAACUACAUCGUUCUCGUAGAAAAUUACGGUGGAGUUGGCUAUUUUGCACAAGAAGGGGAUAGUGGGGCUAUGAUAUGUAUGCCAGAUGAAAAUGAGGUAUAUAUUGUGAAAGCGAUUGGAAUUCUCACUGGAGGUGACCUUGCGCUAGGUACAGAUACAAGAACUAAAUAUGCUUCAUUUCGUCUGCAUGACGGCCUUGACAAAUUAACGGGAAAGGCCGGGGGAAUUCAAUUUACCUUCCCUAACAACUUUAUGUAAAAAUGUACGCUUAUACCAAUGGAUUUGUUACACUCAUCAGCGAAACGAAUAUUCCAAGUUUUCAAUAUUUAACUAAGACAGAAAAUACAGGUUUCACCCUGUAUUCUGUUGGUAUUUCGUUCUGUUCAUCUUUUACUGUAUGCAAGUAUUUCUAAAAAAUACUCUUUAAACGAGAUGGUACGUACGCAAGGAGAUCUAAGGAGAGCAACUCUGCACAGACCAAUAAAUUAAAGCACAAACAAAAACAGUGGUCAAAAGUGAGAGAAAAAUUAAACAGGUCCUUUUCCUAACAACUGAUCUGGUAAACAAAAUAUGAUUGCAUUUGUUUAAACUCGUUGGCAUCCACGUAGAACAUGUACAUUUUUCUUGUAGCUAAUGCUUUAUAGCAUUUCAACGGUCGUGUUGAGGCCCUGCUAAGAAGUUUAUUAGUGCAUCAUUGUUAAAACUCGAUGAAUUUCAUUAAAGAAAUUUUACAACUUCAAGAAUCGCUAGUUAGGGCUUUUUGGCUGAAGAUCCCCUUUUCUCUCAAUGCGGGGAAACUUGGUUUACUUGAUAUUUGAUAUAAGAUGUAAAAUCUGUAAACAACAAUGCCAAAUUACAAAUUCAAAUAUAACUGGUAUCAUAUAAUUGAAAGAAUCUAUGUAAACUGUUGUUAUAUUCAUCAUUUCAUUUUGCGAACGUUUCUGAUGAUUAAGUCAUUUUAUAGCAUUUGUCUGACAAUCUAGGCGUACUUUGCUUCAAAUAAUGUAACAAAAAGGGCCGCUGCGAUCAAAUAAGAUUUUAACAUUUUAAUGUAAUGAGUCCGUAAAUGUCCUUGUGGUGAUAAUGUGGCAUUGUUUGAUUGUAACUAUAGCUCAACGGUCUCAUUGCUUUCGCAAAAACCGAAAAAUAGCAUACGGAGAAUACGUUAAUGUCGAUUUUUUGUCAGGGUCCACUACCUUAAACAAAUUGUAAGAUGACUUAUUUAUUGCUGCAUAAAUAUACUAGGUAGAUCUAACUUGAGAAAUUAAUAACUGCUUAGUGAUCUACACAACGUAAGAAAGAUUAUCUGUGGGAGUCUAUCAUUCUCAUUAAGCAUUAUAUAGAGACAACCGAUUUUAAAAGAUAAUCACCAGCAUCGAGUGCAUUCAUAUGCGGAAAAAUGUUAAUGGUGAAACGUUUUAGGUGUUCUUAUACCAUAAAGUCAAACUUAUUUCAGGUCAAUUUUGUUAUGCUUAUAAUAAAAAGCAGAUGUCUGUUUCACUGAGGUUUGUAUGAGUUUUAGGCUAUUUGCUGCUAGUCAUGGAUUUUGAAUGUACUGAAAGACAAAAAAAAAAAUGUUCAGUAUAUACUCUUUCAAAGUGUUUAAAGCAGACUAACCUUAUACGGUAUUCUAUUGAUUUUGUUCACAUAUAGAUGUUUUUAAUAUAGAUUAAAAUUGAUAAAAUCAAUAAAAAAAAUGUAAAUGCAGGUGUUGUCCAAUUAACUUCAGAUAUUUCAAGAUGGUGAUUUAAAUUUCAAAUAUUUCUGUUUUUACAAAAGGAGGAGGAAAAACAUAAAAGUAUUUAGUAAAUUGGUGCACUUACGUAUCAUUUCUCACUGAAGGAAACCUGUAGAUUAUAAUUUACGCUUUGCCAUAUAUAUGUAUGAUAUACCAAAAUAAAUUUUCUUUGGACAAAAACUAAUAAAAAACUAAUAAUUUUUGGUCCCCAUUCCAGCGGCCCAAUUUUAUCUCCUUUCUUUUAUGCAUUACUUACUAUUUGCUUAUUUUCCAAGCUACGUUUUUCUAUACCGGAUUUAUAUGUACGUGAAAUGUUAACCUUACGCAAAUAACGUCAGGUUAUCAAUGAGACACCAAUAAAAUGUUUUACGGUAUCGUUUGAAAAUCUGUGUUGACAGUGGCAAGUUAUAAGAUUUUGUGUUUUGAAUAGAGACAAUUACGGUACUGCAUGAGGACAAAGGGACACUACUCCGAAGAAAUUUUAUCAGUGGUAUUUGAGGUUUAAAAGUUGUCAUGAGAAUAUCGCUCAGUCCAAAUAAGACAAUAACAUGAAGAUUUGAAAGUUAAAGAUCAGCGCAUCCAUUUCAUCAAUGCCACUGGAAUAUUAUCUCAACAGUUUUUAGUUUUUCGUAGAAAUGUAUUUAAAAUCCAUUCAUAGAGGAACAUUUUAGAUUAUUCUGCACGUUUAAUAGGACAAGAAAAAAGAGAUUUCAAAGAACUUUCCAGGAAUUUUUUUACACCCAUCGUACAUUUCUGUUGUAAUAAAUCUGACACUAGGCCCUGUGUUCACAAAAUAUCUAUCUAAAUAGCAUGUUUAAAACUUAAGUCUACGUUAAUAACUAUUUUCAAGUGGCUAUUCAGUGUUGAUGGUCUCAGAUGGAAUUUAACCUUUAACUCUUAGUAAAAUUGACAUUAAAAUUUCAAACUCAAACUUUUAAUAUUUUGUGAACACGGGGCCAGGCGAACAUUUAUAAUUGCGUUCAUACAUUCU